AUUUUGACGCCAGGAAGAAGACGCUUAACUACCUGCGUCAAACCAACCUCUGUAAAAACCCCAAAACAUGUCACAGUGUUCAUGACUGAGAGUGGAUAUUUUCUGACCAACCCGCAGUUCAUACACUGCUGUAAAAAUAUUUGAAGCCACUGUUUACGUGAACACACUUACAACCAGUCGUUUUACUCACCUGGCCACGUGUGAGACCCAUAGCUUUGGGUCAAACUUUCGGACCAAACAUGUGGACGAGUGUAGUGAAACUCCCUCCACAGCUGCUCCUCUUCAGCAAGCACAUCCAACAUGAGAUGCACCCUCACAUCAAAGUUGUAGCCGAGUACUGCUCUGGGUUAUAUCAGACAGCCAGAGUUCAACCAAGAUGUUGCUGUUGGGGCCCUUGGAUAGCUCCUAAAGCUGCCACGAGCAAGAGAGAGAGCUGAGGUGGUCAUACAGGAGGCGAUAAGAGAGCUAGUGCAGCUAAUUAAAUCAAAGCAGUGGAACAAAGAGUUUUUCAGGGAAGGACACAGCCCGAAGACACAGGAGUGAUAUUUAAUAGAACCAUUUCAACAACAACAAGCUAUAAACUGCAAGAUGUGACACGGCAACAAACAACCCCCAAGUGUCAAAUAAGAUGCUUACAAGGGCCCGGACUUCGUGGAAGGAAAUAAGAUCAGCAUUGAAGUUAAUACCUAGGACCAGGCCCUGCAAAGAAACCAACACUGCAUUCUUACCUAGAAGUCAGGGAGUCAGCACCUCCACCCGUGGAGUCUUGGGAGGAAUAGAGAUGGGGCAGUCACUGUAGUCGUCACUUCAGAGUAUUGAGGGCGGCGGUGAACCAGAGGAGAGAGCGCCGGAUGGGUUAGGAGCCGUGAAACCCACAUCACUCACCGCGGAUUGAGCAAGCGUCCUCCCCUCCCUCCUCCUCAUCCUCCUCUUCACCUCCCUCCAUCCUCUCUUCCUCUCUCUCUCUCUCUCUCUCUCUCCCUCUCUCUCUGUCUGCAGCCUCCAAGAACAGCCGCCGCAUCAUUUUUUUCAGAGCAGCAGCAGCCCCCUCCCUCCUUCCUUCCCUCCAUCCUCUCUCUUUGCUGCUUGCACCACUGUGGGAAUGCAGCGAAGGUAAACGAAUCGUAAAUGCUUCUUCUUUUCCCCCCUCUCCCGGAUUUAUCCUCUAACAGUGUCGGACUACAAGCAGACAGCCCCGGAGACACACCGCUGUCACUCCGGGAGAAUCAGACUGGGGUGGUCGGCGUGAGGGAUUGGACCCGGAUCACUUGGAUUUAGCCCGCUAUCCCGGAUACCACCCCCGACUCAUUGGCAGAUCACAUCAGAUUUCUUCUGCCCUGUCUCGGAACAGUUUCGGUGGCUUUCCCCCCUCUGGAUUACCGGCAGCUGGAGCAACCAUAAGGUUGGCCGGGCACGCCAAACUGGGCGCUAUUACAGGCAAACUUGAAGUAGACACCUGCAAGAGAGAAGGGAGAGCUCCCUGGUGCAUGCAAAAGAGGUAAAAAAUAACUCAAAUGAAGCCUAAAGGAAUUCAGGAACAGUCGUGGUUUGUGUUUUAAGGACCUUAUGCGGCCGAAAAUCAGCCAAAUGAGAGUGGAGAGGGGUGCUGCCGUAGCCUGGAUUGUUGAUGUACGCACGCACGCACACACAUGGAUUUACAGCUCCAGCCUGAAGCGGAUCGAUAUCCUUCUCGGUUUUUUUAACGUCGGCUUUUUUAACAAGGGAGUGAAGCAUCCUGGGAUUUAUCACCGCUUCGUUAGCGCUGAACUACAGUGAGGCGCCCCCUCGCUUCGCUCUCUCACCUGUCCAUAACCUGUGUGCUGGUGUGGAAGUGUGUAGACUUUAGUGCAUAUUUGUGUGUGUGUCUGUGUGUGUGUGUUUGUGAGCGUCUCUGUGUCUGUGUGUGUGUGUGUGUGUGUGUGUGUGUGUGCGUUUGGUGUGUUGUCCGCCAGAGGGAGUGUGGGUUAUAUUGCUUGUGAAUGCUUUUGAGAACAGUGCCAGUAUUUAAUUAGCUGUACGUGAGUCUGAGUGAUUGCGUCUGCUCGGUGAUUGUGUUUAUACUUCAUGUUCGUGCACGUAGAUGUUUAAAUGCUAGGUAUUGCGUGGGCACUUCCUUAAGAUGCCCAGCACUUCUUCCACACCAUGCCCCCUUUCUUGUACAUGCCUGAGUAAUAUUUGGCCCCCAGUCUGACCCUUGAAACACCCCGAGACAAAAAAAAAGCUGUCAGGAUGAGUGACCGCUCAGGUGCUACCCCUCUAGCACCCAUGACGCUAGAGGAACCAGGGGCUGAACAAGCAUCUCCCAGAGCCCCAGGCCCUUUGCGCUGUGGCCCCUGCGCUGUGUGGCCGCGCCAGCAGACUUGGCUGUGUGCAGUACCCCUAGUGAUGGGCUUUGUAGGACUGGGACUUAGUCUCAUGCUGCUGAAAUGGAUUGUGGUGGGUUCAGUCCAAGACUAUGUCCCCACUGAUUUGGUGGAUCCUAAAGGUAGCAUCGGACAGGACCCUAUAUUCCUCUCCAAACCCAGUGCCAUGCCCAAGGGGCCCGACAUUCCUACCGCCACCACGACUUCAGCUGCCUCCACCACAGCCAUGGUGUCCACUACCACACCACUAGCUGCGGAUGGUACCGCCCCUGCACCGAGAACUCGAUCGGGUCCACCAGCGAACCACUCAGCCAAUGGAAGCUCUGCCAAUGGAGAUGGAAACCGCGCACCACACCUUCACAACCGUGUUGGCACCCGCAUUACUGGGACUGUGGUGACCACCUCCACUACCACUCGCGCCACCAGACUCACCCCACCACCUAGUGUUAAAGAGGUCACCCCUCGCAGCACUGUCAGGAAAGGAGGCAGCGCCAGUAAUGGACGUAAUGGAGCUGCCAACUCAAAGCCAGGACAGACUUCUUCUUCCUUCACCACCACAGCCUCCACCACGACUACUACGGCUACUGUGAAGAUCACCGUCAAGGUGCAGCCCACCCCCUCCCAGCCGGCAGUCCCGGUCAAGCCUACAUCACGCUGGAAUCACGCUCGACCAGGCAACAAGGGCCCGGCCACACGCCCACACCACCGCUUCCGAACACCUAUGGCCCCAACUCUUCCCAGUCUACGAUCAGAGGUCUUCAAGCCGUGUGUGGAAGACAAGGACCUGGCCUUUUGUCUAAAUGAGGGAGAGUGCUCCAUCAUUGAAACCGUUGCUGGGGUUCACAGACACUGCAGGUGUAAAGAGGGCUACCAUGGACUCCGCUGUGACCAGUUUGUACCCAAGACAGAUGCUAUCCUGUCAGACCCAACGGAUGAACUUGGGAUCGAGUUCAUGGAGAGCGGCGACACCUACCAGAGGCAGGUGCUGUCCAUCUUCAGCAUCGCCUCAGGGAUUUGUCUGCUCGGAGUGGCAUGUAUGGCUCUCUACCGCCGCAACAAACGACACCGGGAAAAACUCCAGGCUCAUUUCUCAGAUAGCCGCAGCCUGAGGGACUGCAGUGUCAACGCCUCCGGCCUCAUGUCCAAAUCUCAGAAUCCCAGACUUCAAUACAGCCUUCAACUCCAAAAGAGCUGCAGCUCUCAUGGAUCCUCUCUUAAGGGCAGCAGCGUGGCACCAGGCACAUCAACAGCCGCCCCACCUAUUCUCAGCAGAGCGCUGUCUAAAGGGAAACGCUUCAGGAGCAGUUCCCUUUCACUCAGCCCUGCCCAACAACGUAGGGAGACUAACUACUUUAGGACCCCACCUGUCUCCAGAGGCAAACACAAAAUUACAACAAAUCUCAUCGAUGGAUCCAGAGCUGGCAGCCGCGUCUACAAACACUUGCAGGAGGAUGAGUCAGCCGACAUAGAGUCCAUAAGAAGGUGUGAUUCGGCCAGUGGGAGAGUAGGCGCCCUCCUCAGCAGGACUUCGCUCUCUUACUUCGCAGCCAGAAAAGGAUGGACCGAGGUCCCCUGCACCCGCUUGGAUAAAGGAACAGCCUUCCUCCCACCCUCCCUGCGCACCCGCUCUGUGCCCAUCAUCCCGUCGCUCCAAGCAUGCGACCUUGAGGCUGGAAAUGCGGACGCGAGCAACCAGAACCAAGGCAGGCUCCACAAGUGGCACGCCGAGCUGCCUGCGAAGACAGCUGUGUUAGCUGUUAGCAAUUCUCCCUCACCCACCUGUGAGACGGUUGUGCUAGCUUCCGACAGCGCCUUUACGCUGGGGUCAGAGAAGAAUCUCACACACUGCUCCUUUGAAAUUACAGUAGAACUCACACAAGAAUUAAAACAGAGAAGCCUGUCCAUCCCUGUGAAAAUGUCUGGGUCUCAUGGCGAGAUCCCCCGUGGUGGCACAAACACUCCCGAGGCUUGGGAAGGGAAAAGUGUUCAGAAUCCAGCCAGAGUUCUGCACACAGGCGUCGGGAGCAGAGGUUUGAAGGCAGCAGGCCAAAGAGAAGCACAGGGACAGUGCCAAGGUCAGACAUCCCUUGUGUUCGGAGGCGCAAACUGCUCCUUGGCCACCAAAGGACCCAGCUGCAGAGGAACGGGAAACGCUUAUGCCAAGCCGUCUGCAAGCUGAUUGGAUUAACUGUGUAAAGCUUCAAAGACACUGUUUCCAAUAACUGUAUACCUUCGCUGGAUGGUUUAGCAGGUGGAACCAUCUGGGCGGCCACACGGACCAAUAACAGAUGGCAGUCGAUUUUUUUUUUCGAAGGAAACACGAACAGAUUGAACUGCAGAGGAAAAAAAAUAUUGACACAGCAAAGAACGUCCAAUUAUAAUGAUAAAGAGACAAAACAAACACACAUUGUGAAUAAAUGUGACUCAAUAAGGAAAAACAAAAAAUGUGACUGGAGUGGGAGCUUGACUUAAACAGUGUAUUGAAAAAAAUAGCACUAUUUAAAAGGAGCUUCUACUUAGGAACCAAAAUAGUGUGUCAUCUCUAUGUUGUUUCUCUAUUGUAAAGAAAUGAAAUUAUAUAUGUCAUAUAAUAUAUGUCAUAUAGACGUAUAUAUUUGACUACAAUUGUGACAAAAUAAAGACUAAGAUAACAGUGUUAA